AUGAGGAUUGGUACAUGCCCAUUGGUAUUCAUAGGUACGGUAUAUAACAUUAUCUAUCUAUCUAUCUAUCUAUCUAUCUAUCUAUGUCAGUCAGUAUCUAUCUAUCUAUCUGAAUAUCAUCAACAAAAUAUAAUACUCGCCAGCGGCGUGAAUAUCUAUCUAUCUAUCUAUCUUCAUCUAUCAGUCUAUCUCAUCUAUCUAUCUAUCUAUCUAUCUCAGUCUCUUCAUCUAUCUAUCUAUCUAUCUAUCCAUCUAUCUAUCUAUCUAUCCCAUCUCUUCAUAUCUAUCUAUCAUCCAUUCAUCUAUCUAUCUAUCUAUCUAUCUAUCUAUCCAUCUAUCUAUCUCUUCAGCUAUCCAUCCAUCCAUCUAUCUAUCUAUCUAUCUAUCUAUCUCAUUUUCAUCAUCCAUCCAUCUAUCUAUCCAUCUAUCUCAGUCUCUUCAUCUAUCUAUCUAUCUAUCUCAUUUUCUUCAUCUAUCUAUCUAUCUAUCCAUCUAUCAUUCAUCCAUCUAUCUAUCUAUCUAUCUAUCUAUCUAUCUCAGUUUCUUCAUCUAUCCAUCUAUCUAUCUAUCUAUCUAUCUAUCUCAUUUUCUUCUAUCUAUCUAUCUAUCUAUCUCAUCAGUCUAUUCAUCCAUCCAUCUCAUCUUCAUCUAUCUAUCUAUCUAUCUAUCUAUCUAUCCUAUCUCUUCAGCCAUCUAUCCAUCCAUCCAUCUAUCUAUCUAUCUCAUUUCUAUUCAUCCAUCCAUCAUCUAUCUAUCUAUCUAUCUAUCUAUCCAUCUAGUCUCAUCCAUCUAUCUAUCUAUCUAUCUAUCUAUCUCAUUUUCUUCAUCCAUCUAUCUAUCUAUCUAUCUAUCUAUCUAUCUAUCUAUCUAUCUAUCUCAGUCUCUUCAGCUAUCUAUCUAUCUCAUCACAGUCUGUUCAGAUCAAUCUAUCUAUCUCAGUCUGUUAUCUAUCUAAUCUCAGUCUGUUCAGUCUCUUCAUCUAUCUAUCUAUCUAUCUAUCUAUCUAUCUAUCUAUCUAUCUAUCUCAUUCUCUUCAUCUAUCUAUCUAUCUAUCUAUCUAUCUCAGUUUCUUCAUCUAUCUAUCUGUCUCUCUAUCUAUCACAGUCUGUUCAGAUCAAUCUAAAUAUCUCUCAGUCUGUUCAGAUCUAUCUAAUCUCAGUCUGUUCAGAUCUAUCUAUCUAUCUAUCUAUCUAUCUAUCUAUCUAUCUCAGUUUCUUCAUCUAUCUAUCUGUCUCUCUAUCUAUCUAUCACAAACUAUCUAUCUAUCUAUCUAUCUAUCUAUCUAUCUAUCUAUCUAUCGCAGUCUCUUCAUCUAUCUAUCUAUCUAUCUAUCUAUCUAUCUAUCUAUCUAUCUAUCUCAGUUUCUUCAUCUAUCUAUCUAUCUGUCACUCUAUCAAUCUAUCUAUCUAUCACAAUCUAUCUAUCUAUCUAUCUAUCUAUCUAUCUAUCUAUCUAUCUAUCUAUCUAUCUAUCUAUCUAAAUGAACACGCGAAUCAACAUCCACUAUAUACUUACACAUCGAAACUUGAGUAUGUGGACAUAUUUUUCUGUCUGCAUCUCUUUCGAUCUGAAUAUGCGUAG